AUGGCGACGAGCGACGCGGCAAACGACAAGGAGCCUUUUCCGCUCCUCAACACCUCUCUCGAUCCUUUUGCCAUGGACGAGGACUCGGCGCCGCGCCGCCGACGCAAGAGCUCUGGCCUGGGCGGCGAAAUCCGCGCCGGCGACACGGGAGCGCCGGCCUUUGCCUCGAGCCAAGCCAGCUUAAAUGCCGGUGAUUCCUUUGGUCACUAUGCCGACUCCCCCGUCACGCCCACGUCGGCCUCGUCGCAAGCCAACGGCAAGCGCAUCUCGAAGCGCCGGCCCGCGCGCGGCCUGCUCUCGCGCUUCCGCCAGCUCGUCGUGCGCCGCACCUUUGUCCUGCCCGCCCUCCUCCUCGUCAUGUUCCUCGCCGGCUAUGCCGUCAACCCGACCGAGUCCAACAUUCUCCACCGCUUCAUCUUUCUCUCCUACCCGCUGCCCCAGACGGACCCCUCGAAACCAGUCAUGUACGGCAAGGGCAAGUGGGACAUUGCCUUUGUCUCGUUUUACAUCAUCGUGCUCUCCUUUACCCGCGAGUUCAUCAUGCAGGAGCUUCUGCGCCCGUGGGCCCGCCGCACCGGCCUCAGCAAGGGCAAGCAGGCGCGCUUCAUGGAGCAAGCCUACACAGCCAUCUACUUUGCCUUUCUCGGACCGGCUGGCCUGUACGUCAUGAGCAAGACGCCCGUCUGGUACUACAACACCACCGGCAUGUACGACGCCUUUCCGCACCGCGCCCACGAGGCCGUCGUCAAAUUCUACUACCUCUUCCAGGCCGCCUACUGGGCCCAGCAGGCCAUUGUCCUCAUCCUUGGCCUCGAGAAGCCCCGCAAGGACUACUACGAGCUCGUCGGUCACCACAUUGUCAGCCUCGCCCUCAUUGGCCUCUCCUACCGCUUCCACUUUACCUACAUUGGCAUCGCCGUCUACACCUCGCACGACAUCUCCGACUUCUUCCUCGCCACCUCCAAGGUGCUCAACUACCUCGAUCACUUCCUCAUCGCUCCCUACUUCUUCGUCUUUGUCUGCGUCUGGGUUUACCUCCGCCACUACAUCAACAUCAAGAUCAUCAUCUCCAUGUUCACCGAGUUCCGCACUGUCGGCCCCUUUGAGCUCAACUGGGAGACGGAGCAGUACAAGUGCUGGAUCAGCCAGUACAUCACCACCGCCCUGCUCACCUCCCUCCAGGCCCUCAACCUCUUUUGGCUCUUUUACAUUCUGCGCAUCGCCUACCGCUUCGUCCGCGACAGCAAUGCCACCGAUGACCGCUCCGAUGACGAGGACGAGGACGAGACGCCCGCGUCGGUGCAGAAGAAGCAGUCUGUGCCGAUUCUUCAGAUAAACGGUCAAAAGCCCAAUGGCAAGUCUGAGUAA